GACAGGCUGCAGAGGCUCCAGCAGGCGGACCUCAGUCUGCUGCUUUACAUACACAGAAACAGACAACAUUCACCUGCUCACUGACAGGUUACCUAGUUAAGUGCGAUGUCUUCUCCCAGCGCCUCCUCCAACCCUCUGAGCUCUCUGGCGCCCAAAAGAAAAACCAAGAAGAAGCACUUUGUGCAGCAGAAGGUGGAGGUUUUCCGAGCCAGUGACCCCGUGCUGAGCGUGCUGAUGUGGGGAGUCAAUCACUCGAUUAAUGACCUGAGCCAGGUGCCGGUACCUGUCAUGCUGCUCCCAGACGACUUCAAAGCCAGCACCAAGAUCAAAGUCAACAACCACCUCUUCAACAAAGAGAAUCUUCCAGGACAGUUCAAAUUCAAAGACUACUGUCCACAAGUGUUCAGAAAUCUGCGAGAGCGCUUCGGCAUCGAGGACCAAGAUUACCAGGUCUCUUUGGCCCGGAGCGCACCACUCAAAGACGAGGAGGGGAAAUGUGUUGGGCUGCUGACAUCAUACGACCGCACUUUGGUUGUAAAAGAAAUUUCCAGUGAGGAAGUAGAAGAAAUGCACAAUAUCCUCUCUGCAUACCAUCAGCAUAUUGUCACCUGCCAUGGCAGCACACUGCUCCCUCAGUUCCUGGCCAUGUACAGAGUCACUGUGGAGAGCGAGGACACCUACCUGUUAGUGAUGAGGAACAUGUUCAGCCACAGACUGCAUGUACACAGAAAAUACGACCUCAAGGGCUCCCUGGUGUCUCGAGAGGCCAGUUUUAAAGAGAAGGUCAAAGAGCUGCCCACUUACAAGGAUGUAGACUUCAGGAAUAACAUGCAAAAAGUAUAUGUGAGCGAUGAGGAGAAGGAGAAGAUAAUGGACAAACUUAACAGAGAUAUUGAGUUUCUAGUUCGUAUGAGGAUCAUGGACUACAGCCUGCUGCUGGGCAUUCACGAUGUCGAACGGGCCGAAAGGGAGGAGGAGGAGGAGACUGUGUCGUCCCACGAGGAGGAAGAGGAGGAUGAAGGUGACCUGGCCCCUGCUCUGGGCUCCACCUCCCCUGAAGGCAUCGCUGGCUACAUGAACUCCUUCAAACCUCUGGGUCCUGGAGAGUUUGACCCCUACGUGGACGUGUAUGCUAUCCAGAGUGCAGUAGGUGCGCCCCAGAGGGAGGUAUAUUUUAUGGGUCUGAUUGACGUGCUCACGCAGUAUGACACCAAGAAGAAAGCUGCUCACGCUGCCAAGGCUGUCAAACACGGGGCAGGAGCUGAAAUCUCGACGGUUCAUCCAGAGCAGUACGCUAAACGUUUCAGAGAGUUCAUCACCAAGAUCUUUGCCUAGUUCAAGGAUUCGCCAUCUUUUGUUUAACACUAAAUGUCAAAUCAGCAUUAUGAAGCACUGGAAAUUCACUGUUAAAAAAUCAAUAAGGUUUCUGAAUGCUUCCCUUCACAUUAUUCUGCACUGCAAGAUGGACUGCACAUUUACUGAGAAUGAAGAAUUUGCAUACAGAAUGAAGAAUGUCUUCUUGGCGAUUGGUUUGUUGUUAAUGCGUUGCUGUUGUUGACACUUAAAGGUUCUGGCAGAGCUGCUUUCACUUUGGGUGGCAGCCAGGGAUACAGGAUUUCUGAAAGAAAUUGUUCAAGGUGAUGCAAGUAAACAGCGCAGAUAGAAAUGUAUUUUUUAUAGAGGCCAGAGGUGAAGAUGAUAACAAAAACAUCAUACUCAUCUGAAAUAUACACAGCUUUCAUUCAGUGAGAAGUGCAGAUUGAGGGAAAGAUUUCUAAGUAGAUUUUCAUGUAUGUCCAUCAAUGACAACAGAUAUGUGGCAAAUCUACAAGUUUUUAUUAGGAACAAUGUUUUAUUCACAUCUUUUCCAACUUAUUAAUGUGUGAUUGAAGCUAAAAGCAUGUGUCUUAUUGUAUAUUAAAUGCUGUCAAGUGCAAAUUAAACAAAAACUGCACAAUGUGCCUGAGCAUCAGCAGUAACAUACUGCCUGAGUGCUGCUAUCUUCCAUUUUUCAGCCCAUAUUCUAUUGAAUGUUAAAAAUCAGUAUGGAAUUAUUUCAUAACUGUGUAAUGCAAAUGUUUUUAUAAAGAAUAAAUAUAUCCGGUUUAUAAGAGAUCAUUCUGGUUCAAACUGUUUAGUUUUCUUUACCAGUAAAGAAACUGCAGCUUUCAGAGCAAGAAGUCUGAUUGUGUUUGUGUUUAAAAAGAGACGUCACCGAAGGGCAACGCUUCUCCCUUCAGCUCUCAGCUUGUAUUGUGCUCCACUGGAGUGCAAUACUGUGUUAGCUUCAAGGUUGCAUCAUCUGAAAGGCGCCGCGGCACACUAAUUGUUAAGCCGCAUGCUGAUCAAAGGGCUUUUGUGUCAAAUGUUACAGCUCAGAUCUAUGUGUCAUAUUAACUAUUUAACUACCUGCUGUUGGGUAAAGUAAGAAAUCCCAACACCCAGAUGAGUCUAACAAGUCAGCACCAGUGGAAGCAAACUGAGGGAUUCAGAAAUCUGACGGCACAUGUGUUCCUUUAAAAUGUAUCCUCAGCGGUGAAGCAUUAAUUUUUGUUCUUAUUUAGUCCUCUCCUCCUGUCCCAGUCCUCCUGGCACACAUUUCUGAGACUCCUUUUAAGAUUGUCAUGAGGAUUUCACUUCGUGCUGAGAGCUGAGUGGACAAACAUGAGCUGGAAAAUGAGAAACACCAGACAGAACUUGUGAGAAUCCAGAGUUAUUUUAACUAAUAUGUCCUAAAUCGCAUAAAAAAGGGAUUAAAACUGGCAUCACAACAAAUUUGCUUCAUUUUUUGGAGAAUCUUCUCUUUAAUUCUCAGAUUAAAAUUAUAAUCAUUGCAGCCAAUUAUUGUACAUGAAGUCAUUUCAUUGAUAAGUUGAUGUCUGGCUUGUUCACACUCGCUUGUCCGUUGGAAUCCAGUUGUGUAUUUAAUAUAAAUGUUCCAGAGCUGAAGUCUGGCUUCAUGUCAGAAGCAAAUCUGCCUGUAUUAAAGGGAAAAUUGCA